AUGACGUCCGGACGUCAUAUUUCACAGUUGAAUUCGUUGAAAGAUGAACUUCCCGUGCUUGCUUACUGGAACUACACAUCGGCACCAAUUUCGGGGGAACAAAUGACUGUCUUUAUUGCAAAGAUGGAAGAAAAGAUAUCAAGAAGCAUGCAAGUGUCCUUAAUGUGUGACGUUCGAUGCACGGACACCUCAGUGAUCAACGUUGUGGAGCAAGAAUAUCCGAACUUUACAAUUUACCAUGCUUCGCCGUCGAAGAUCGUCGAUCGAAUUUGCACGGAGAUGAAGCGACACACCUCACUGUUCGAAAAGCCUGGCCUCGUUGUGCUGAUCUCAGAUUCUGGAAACUACACAUCUACACUGAGUUCGUUGUCAACAAUUGGAUGGAGAACCUUGAUUAUUUGUCCAAACACUUUGGACUACACGUUCUUGGAUUCGGCCAAGGAGUGCCUCCAAAUGGAUGAACUUGUCGAUUUUUCCAUUGCACCAAAUCCGUAUGAGGCUCGCUGCUUUCUUUUGCAGAUUCCAUCCAUUCCUCAGGAUAAGUUUAAUAGCUUGUUGUCAAAGGACCAGCAAUGUGUCUACUUUAACUCGCGUUCCGGUGAAGCGGUCAUUGUGAUUGAGGCGGAGAAUCAGGAUUAUAUGCAGAAAAGGUUGGAAUCGUUGAUUGAACGCGUUUGUGCUACAACGGGCCUUUGUCCAGCUGAUAUUCUUCCGUUUCCACCAAAUUCCUUCAAAUGCGUCGUUGGUUUGACCCCUUCAAAAGAUGUUGUUCAACUGGUGAUCUUUGAUGACAAUGCUCAACACUUAUCCGGAGAUCCGCAGCUGAUGACGAGUCUUUCUCAUUAUUCAAACGGAAUAACUCACAAUAAGAGUAUUCAGUUUACUCCAACUUACGGACCAGAGCCCGCACCUCAGUGCAUGCAGAAAUCUUCAACUCGUGAGCCUGCGCACGAUGCACAAAAGGCUAAGCAAUCAUUGAUGAAUCCGAGCGAUUUGGUACAAGGCUUGACUCAUCUUGAUGAUUCUCCACCACCCGAACCACAACAAUCGGCAACGAUGGUGUGCUCUUCGAAGACUAUGAGUGAAAGCUUUGGAGGAUUCAACGCCGAUGAAAAGAUUUGCCCCGGGAUGAAUCAAGUUGCUUUAAGCAAAGGAGGCUUUUGCAAAUCGGAAAACAAACAAGAAGGCGCCAAUAGAUGGAUGAAUUCAUUUGGAGGAAAUCCUUGGAAACAGGCAGAGGAGAAUUUCAUUCGUCGCACUCAACCUCCUUCUCUGCAACACAAUUACCCGCAACAAUGCCAAGAGUUAAACUCCAAUGUUACUCCUAAUGGCACCUAUUGCGAGACUGGCAUUCAAGAAAGCGUCACUGGCAAAGAUAUGGGAUGUGAUCGAGAGAAUCAGAACAAUUCGGAUUAUUACUUCGCCUUCGGCAACAAACAAAAUGGGCAGCGGAAACAGCAAGAACGAUUCCGAAAGCCGGCGCCUCAAUGUGUUUUCUGGGAAAAUCGCCGUCAUCGGCAAGAAACAGGAUGUACACUCUGGCAUCCUCGCGAGAGUUGCCGCUUCUAUCCAACUUGUGCUCACCAGGCACGCGAUUGUGGCUUUGCUCAUCCAUUUUGUGGUCCACGAUGCGAAUGUUUGCCUACAAAGCGAAACCCACAAAUGAAUCAUUGGACCGAGCAUCUGGAGAAAAACUUUGGAACCUUGCCAGCCACUCUU